CCUGGAUCGGAUCGGACCGGAUCGGAACGGGUCUGAGAGGAGCCCGUCACAGACCUGUCACCAGACCCACUGAUCCGGCUCCGGGCCACAUGAUCCGGCUUUUGUCCUCCCUGUCCUGGUCCUCAGUCAUGGAGCCGGUACCGGGUGGAGGCCGUGGAGGAUGGGGGAGGAUGCAGGGGAUGGAGCAACCGUGGAGCCGGAGCCCCACCGGCCUGUAGACCAGGAGCGCACCCGGAAAAGAGACGCGCAAAGCGGAUACGGAUCCAAGCUUGUACCGCUACAUGGACCCGGAGGACGAAGGGUUCCGAAGAUCACGACUGAAGAGAAACUGCACCAAGGCUCAUGGAUCUGAAGCGUGUCCUGUCUUUCCCGCCGUAUCCCGGGGAUUACCUGCAUCCGGUGGUUUACGCCUGCACCGCCGUCAUGCUGCUCUGUCUGCUCGUGUCCAUCAUGACCUACAUCGUCCAUCACAGUGUGAUCCGGAUCAGCAGGAACGGGUGGCACAUGCUCCUAAACUUCCUGUUCCACACUGGGCUGACGUUCGGCGUUUUCGCUGGAGGAAUCAACCAGAUCAACCUGCCUUUUGUUUGUCAGAUUGUGGGCAUCGUGCUCCACUACGCGUCUCUGUCCACCAUGUUGUGGUUGAUGUUUACGGCCAGAAACAUCUGUAAAGACGUGUCCAAAGACCCUCUGAGGACCAAGGAGCGCAAGGGCCCGGCCCAGACCCGGUCCAAACCCACCAUCCUCAGGUUCUACAUCGUUAGUGAUGGAAUCCCUCUCAUUAUCGUUGGCGUCACUGCAGCCUUUGGUCUGGAUAACUACGGCAGCAGGGACGACGCUUUGUACUGCUGGAUGGCGUGGGAGCCCAGCCUGGGGGGUUUCUACGCCCCCAUGUCCCUCCUGGUCUUAGUCAUGUCCGUGUACUUCCUGUGCACGUACAUCCAGCUCAAACGCCACCCGGAGCGUAAGUACGAGCUGCGAGUGCUGAGCGAGGAGCAGCAGCAGUUGUCCUCCGGCGACUCCCAUCACCCCGGCCACGCCGACGGAGGAGGAGCCGCCGGAGCCGCCGGCGACUCGCUGCCGUUCGCCACGGGCAUAUCUGUGUUGGCCAACGAGCACUCGUUUAAGUCCCAGCUCCGGGCCACGGCGUUCACCCUGUUCCUGUUCCUGUCCACGUGGGCGCUGGGGGCGCUGGCGGUGUCGCUGGGCCACUUCCUGGACAUGAUCUUCAGCUGCUUGUACGGGGCGUUUUGCGUCACGCUAGGACUCUUCCUCCUCAUUCAACACUGCGCCAAACGCGACGACGUCUGGCAUCGCUGGUGGGCCUGUUGUCCGUCCAAGUCCAAGACGGAGGACGGGAACGCCGCGGCUCAGAGACAGGACGUCCAUCAGCCUCACUGCCGCCUCAACUCACCGUGUUCGGGAAAACAGCCGCUCCUGUCGCCGCACCUCCUCCAGACCUCCUACCACAAGAUGACUCCGCCUUCCCAGAGCCCCACGCCCAAUCACACGGGUCCGUGUUGCGUGGCGGUGAUGAGUCCCGUCAUCGCGGCCCCUUUGUCGCCUCACGCCGACCCGGUGUCGUCGCCGCGUCCUCAGUCUCUUCCCGAUGAGCUCCCUCGUCCCGUCCUGCCUCUCCAGAGCUGCCUUACGGACAGAACCAAGUCCCGCUCCUUCAACCGGCCUCGGCCCUGCCUCCAGGACUACCGCGCCCACAUGACCUCCACCAGCAUGGACGGGAGCGUCCACAGUUCCCACCUGGAGGGCUCGCCGCUGACCUCCAACAGCCCCCACCCUGACCUCCAGCUGCCCUGCCCCAGCCCCCUGUUGGACAAACAGCUGGCGUCCUGCAACAGCCUCCAGCGCCAGACCUCCUGCCACAGCGUGCAGGACUCAAUGACUUCCUGCCACAGCCACGCCCACAAUAUGCACGACAGCAUCACUUCCUGUCACAGCCUCCUCCUCCCUUCCCACGGGAUGCACCCCUGCCAGUGGCACGUCUACAGCUCGGUGGACCACGCCUGCUGCGACAAACCGGACCCGUACGCCGCGCAGUACCAGCAGGACUCGGACAUGUACAGCGUCACGUCAAAGACGGCCGACAAAGACAGGGACUCGGAGGCGGAGUCUAAAGGGUUUCCCAGGAACACUCUGCCUCGGCAACACGCCACCAUGAGCCGCCGCGCCGCCAUCGGCCGGAACCGGAGCUUGCAGGAGGACGGCUUGUUCGGCUCGGACGCCACGGGAAACAUCCGGACUGGACCGUGGAAAAACGAAACCACUGUAUAGUUUGAAUAUCCUUCAACCUGCCCGACCCACGACCGGUCCAGUCACUGAUUCACCCUGUAAGUGUUUGGGCCUCCACGCCUUCGGUUCGACCUGAAAACAUACGUUCAGACCUCGUAGACGUUGAACCGGGUUCGUUAAAACUACUGUAUUUAUGUGGAAACGAUUCACGUCCACACCAGCGCUGAUGUUACAACACUCUUCACUUUUUCAGGUUAACAGGCAACAAACAGUAUCAUUAAUCCAUUUCCUACAAACAGAAUAAUAUAAAUACAUUAGCUAAACGUACCAUCUUAGAACCAGGGCUGCACAAGUAAUCCAAUUACAAUCAUAACAUCAGCCUGUGUGGUUUUAUAUUUACAAAAAAACUGUAAUUUAAAGGUCAGAUUCAGGAGGAUUCACACUGGUCUAACAGUAGAAAUCUGUAUUUUAUGAUGAUAUUGUGGAUUUAGUGUCACCGAUACAAGCUUUUCUAUUUUUUUUAUGCUAUUUUAAGUUAUUAUAAGGUUGACUUAAUGGAAUUUAUUGCUUUAUUAGAAAAGAAAAGAGCUCAUAAAUCAACAGAAAUAUAAAAAAAUUGAGCUAAAGUUUUAGCCAAAAGAGCUAAUUAUCAUCUACUGUCCCUGGUUUAACUGAACAGAGACAAUCUAGAAAAGAAAGAAAACAUCACAAAUAAUACAAAUUAUUAAUA